AUGUUUCAAUUAUUCCUUUCACUUAUCAAUAAUUCAUCAAAUAAAACAUAUACUAAUAGAAAUACUAACAAUAAUGCAGAUAAUGAAGACGGAGAUAUCUGCCGUAUAUGCCGCAAUCCAGGUGACGCCGAUAAUCCGUUGCGGUAUCCGUGUGCUUGUAGAGGAAGUAUAAAGUUUGUUCAUGAGGACUGUCUUCUUCAAUGGCUCAAUCUCCGCAACGCUCGUCACUGCGAGGUUUGCAAACACCCCUUUUCGUUUUGUCGUGUGUAUGCUGAUAAUGCCCCAGCAAGGCUUCCUUUUUGGGAAAUUGUUAUUGGAAUGGCAAUGAAAUUCCAUCAGAUGGUGCAGCUCUUCAUGCGUCUUAGUUCUGAGCUUUCUAUGUGGUUUUUGAUCUUACCAUUUAUUACUUUCUGGACAUGGAGUUUCUCAUUUGCAAGGAGCUUUGGUGAAGCCCAAACACUGUUCUUGAGUCACAUCUCAACUACAUCCAUUAUUACUGAUUGUGCUCGUGGGUUCCUUCUUUCUAUAAGCAUCGAAUUUAUCACCAUUGCUGUGAAGUGUUUAAGGUUACUAGAGCAUAGAGGACUGGAAAGGGAAAGGGAGAAUGAAGAUGAUGGAAAUGGUGCUCAUGAUGGAAGGAUACAACCUGCUCAAGUAAAUCAAAACCUUAUUGGUGAAGGGAAUGGUGGAGAUGUUGGGGCACAGGGUAUUGGCAGGGUAGCUCAGAUUGUCAGAAGGAAUGCAGAGGAUGCUCCUUUUGAGUUGUUAGCUGGCAUGCAAGGGCAUAUCUUCCAUUUGGUAGAAAUUGCUUAUAAGGUUCUUGCACGCGACAUUAUGUUUCUUGGCUUUGUAGCUUUUGUGCCUUUCCACCUAGGACGAUUUAUCCUCUACAAUCUACCGUGGAUUUUAUCAUCUGCCACCAGCUCAAUGGUGCCACUUGUUGCACUGCAUACUCAGCAAGCACUUUCCUUGGCCAAUAUUAUAUCAAGGAAUGCAUCGACUGCACUCACAAAUAUGACUUCUGAGAAAAGUCUUGAAGAAGUGACAAAUGUUAUUGCUACUAGACACGAUGGGUCACCAAACAAUGUUACAAGGCAUGUUUUAGUUGACUUUCUUAAAGGGGGAAUUGGUGGGGAAACCAGACUCUCGGAUGCUACAACUCUUGCAGUUGGAUACAUGUUCAUUUUCGCAGUAGUUAUUAUCUGCCUUGGGGUAGUUGCACUAGUUAGGUACUGCAGGGCGGAGCCUCUGGUCAUUGGAAGGUUCUGUGGCAUUGUUUCAGUUGUAGGGUCACUUUUCAGACUGUUAUUACUUGCAAUGAUAAUGCUUAUGAUAAAGUUUGUUUUCUUCACUCUAAUGCUUGGAUGGUGGAUAGAUGUGUGUACAUUAAGGAUGUUUGGCAAGUCAAUUGCUCAAAGAGUUGAAUUCUUUUCGGUAUCUCCAUUGGCAAGCUCAUUGAUUCACUGGGUUGUAGGAAUUGCCUACUUAUUACAACUAGUCAUAUUUGCCAUGUUUCUUCGAAGGGUUCUGCGUCAUGGAGUUCUUUAUUUCUUGCGAGAUCCAGAUGAUCGUAAUAUGAAUCCACUCACGAAUGUUAAUCUUACGGAUAGAUAUGCUCUUAACAUUCUUUUGUCAAAUGCUUUUCACGUGAGCAUAAUCGUACUAUUGGUAUUUUUGCCAGUUAAACUUGCUAUGUGGAUAGCUCCUUCAAUCUUCCCUCUGGAUAUAUCAGUAUCCGUCUCAUUCACUGAGAUUCCUAAUUACAUACUUUUCUUUCAAAUUCUCAUUCCAUUUGCUGUUGAGCAUUUUAAGAUGCAUGCAACAAUCAAGUCACUUCUGCUCCAUUGGUUUACUGCGGUCGGUUGGGCUCUUGGUUUAACAGAUUACUUAUUGGGCAGACAUGAGGACAGUGGGCAAGUAAUUGAGAAUGAUCUAGGAGGGCGGGAUAGGAUACAUGAUCAACUAGGGGGCGAAGAUCGAGCUGUAUUUGGAGAUGUUCCCUCCGAAUACUUGAACCAAGAAGGAGCCAAUGCUAACUCUGCAGAAGAAGCUGAUGGUGGUGGACACUCUGAUUUAGAGAGAUAUGCGUUUGUUCGAGGUAUAGUGCUUCUUUUAAUGAUGGCUUGGAUGACAUUGCUGAUCGUCAUUUCUGCUUCAAUUGUGGUGCCCUUAUCCAUUGGACGAGUGUUGUUGAAUGCUUCUGUUCGCUUCCUCCCCAUCAGUCAUGGCACAAACUGCAGGGACAUGUAUGCAUUUGCUAUUGGAAGUUAUGUCAUCUGGGCCGCCCUUGCUGGAAUAAGGUACUGUGUAGAUCUGAUUAGAACAAGGAGAGCUACAGUGCUGCAAAAUAAAAUCUGGAAAUGGUGUGCCAUAGUUGUGAAGUGCUCCGUAUUGUUGUUAAUUUGGUAUUUUUUUAUCCCGGUGUUGAUUGGACUGGUGUUUAAACUUUUGGUAUCUCUACCAAUGUUGGUAUCUGUGGAAGAAAGCCUAGUGUUCGUGCUGUAUUAUGAUUGGGCGAUUGGACUUGGUGUUCUCAAGCUCUGGAUUUGGCUGGUCAUGCUCGGUUAUACGAUACCUCUUAUCAAUAGAAGCUGGCAAGCAACGUUCAGAUUUGUAAUGGUAGUUGGCCUUUCAAGGCUGCCAGCUCGUAUGGUGCUACGAGAGAUCAUGGCCCCCAUCAUGAUGAAGCUUCUUACGGCUCUUUGUGUCCCUUAUGUAUUAACCCGUGGAGUAUUUCCUCUAUUUGGGUACAGUUUAGCAGCUAACUCUGCUGUUUAUAGGUUUGCAUGGCUGGGAUGCCUUGGUCUGAGUUUAUUGUGCUUUUGUGCCAAGAGGUCACAUUUCUUGUUCACCAAUCUCCACAACUCAAUAAGAGAUGACCGCUAUUUGAUUGGCCGGGGACUUCAUAACUUUGGGGAAGCUUAAAAUGAUGAGCAUCACAAGGUCGAGACUUUAAAUGUGUUGCAAGCAAGAGGUAUAUGUUGACAACUUGACAUAAGUUUUAGGUAUAGACACCAAACUCUACUGGAGUUUCAGAAUAUGUGAAUAUGAUUUUGUGCAGGUUGGUAGGAUAGUAGAAAGAUGCAAAACCUGAUGAUGUUUUGUUGCAUCUUAUUAUAUACUACAAAACAGAAAAACAUGACAUGAUCUGAUGAUCGGCUCUUAUAAACAAUGCAGUGGGUUAGAAGUUAGAACCAGGACUCAUGUUUUUCAUAAAUGUACUGGUAAUUGAUUGACUUGA